AUGAUGCUCUUGAAGGUCUUGCUAUUCGCGGCACACCAUGUAUACCGGCCAUGAUCUCCCUCAAAUCCCUCAAUCUGAACCUGUCUUUCCUCCAUCUUCGCAAGAGCCCCCGUCCUCACCACCCUCGAUAGCUUCAGAUGUCGGUAUCCGACGCAAACCAAAGAAACCGCCUCCGGUCACCCCUCGGUCAUUUCGGAAGUUCUUCACGCCUCGUUCGAUCCUCAGCAGCGGAAACAAUGGAAGUGUGAAGACGAAUCGUCAGGCAUUGAAGACGCUGAGCUCUCCGGCGAUCAACCGCCUGGGUCCAGCCUUUGCAAGGGCAUCCAAGACGACUGCCAGCCGAUCAACUCCGAACGAACCAGCACCAGCACCAGCACCAGCACCUUCAGGUCUAACACGAACGCCUAGCACGAAACGAAAACUCUCCUUUUCGUCCAUCGGGUCGCCGCUCCAGUCGUCGCCGCUGAGAAGAGUUCGGAUCAGUGCACCGGUUCAGGAAGAAGAGAUUGGUGUAUCAGUCAAGGAAUUGGAGGCUGGUGGUGAAGUGCAGGAUGAUGAGACGACUUCUGUCGUUGCGGAAGAGGAUCCUCCCAAACCAAUUGCUCCUAUCCGUCGAUCGCAGGCCUUACAAACAUCUGGGGGGUUGUACAUGCGAAGUGUGUUGGGACCACGGGCGAAUCGAGUGACCAUGAGAGCCAAUGCUGGAGCUGGUUGGCAGGAUUUGACAUCAGACUUCUAUUCUCGCCCAGACGACAUCCAUGCGUGCGCCAACUACGCCGGCGAUCGGCUCGCCCUUCCGUUAUGUACUGCAUCUUGCAAUACGAAUUCCCUCGUUGCAGUCGGUUAUGAAGAAGGGGGUGUCCGCUUGCUGGAUUCUGCGAAAGACGACAAAGACGGAUUCUCUAACGCAUACCUUACAUUCCGCCCACACAUGAACGCACUGAUGGACCUCGAAUUUUCCUCGGAUGACAUGUUAUUGGCAACCGCCUCAGGGGAUCAGACGGGACUGGUUAUCGACAUGGCUACACAGAAGCCGAUAUACUGUUUAUCGAACCACAUCUCUUCGGUUAAACGAGUGCAAUUUCAACCAGCUUCCAACAACAAAGUUCUUGCCACCUGCAGUCGCGAUGGCAAUGUCAACAUCUGGGAUUUGCGGUGCAAGGGCUUCGAAAAGCCCUCUUUGCAAGUUCAGUGCUCACUCGAUUCCGACUCGGAAUACCACGCCACUCCCACGUCCAAAAUGAUUUAUCCCCAGGUUCUGAAUACAAUCCAUGGUGCCCAUUCUGGGAUGUCUCAAGGGUCUGCUUCCGACAAAUCAGAACUUCAGCUUGGCCGUUCCGACAUUACUGUGACCUCCCUCGCGUUCCUCCCUCCAGGCCGCGAGAACCUUUUCGUCACGGCUUCCGAAGCCAAUGCAUCUGUCAGGUUAUGGGAUAUCCGUACUGCUCAUAGCAACCGUCGUGGGCGUGGCGUCCUUCCGGUUUCUACUACUCAAGAACCGGACAGCCAUGUCAAGUACAGGCGCUUUGGACUUACCUCAAUGGCAUUUAACGGAGAUGGCUCGAGACUUUACACAUUAUGCCGGGAUGGCACAGUUUACGCGCACUCGACAUCGCAUCUCAUUGUAGGACAUGCACCCGAGCUCUCUCUGAACAACACUCGUCCACGGCGCUCAGGCGGCUCAGACAAGGAAGGUCUUGGUCCUCUGUACGGCUUUCGACACCCACGCCUACAAGUGGCUUCUUUCUACCUGAAAGUUGGAGUCCGAAAACCCAUGGGCGACAAGCCAGAGAUGCUGGCCGUUGGAAGCAGCGAUAAUUGCGCCGUCCUAUUCCCCACCGACGAGCGUUUCCUCCAUUCCUCCUCCACCCAGAACGCAGAUACCGAGGACUGCGACUCCCUUCCACCCACACCUCGUUUCUCCACCCCUCGCUCAGCUCUCCGUCGCAGCUUCUCCGGAACUGGCCCGUACGCAAAGCUGGAAGAUACAGUGCCGAUCUACAAAUCCGGAACACCACUCGUUGAAGGCCACAAGAAAGAAGUCUCCGGCGUCUCGUGGACAGCAGACGGUGAACUGGUAACUGUCAGCGAUGACUGCAGCGCCAGAUGCUGGCGUGAAGGGUCUGAUGCGCGUGACCUCCGUACGGGAGGUGAGACAGAGGGUAGACGGUGGCAUUGCGGGUGGGCUGAUACUAAAGAUUCAAAUGACGAUGAAGCUGAUGAAUAAACACAAAUACCCCCAGGGAUUGGGAUCUCUUGUUUUGUUUUCGGGUGAUUUGUUCCGACUAAUUUCGGGUUCGGGUUUAUACUUGUGAGCAUUUGGGGCGCUAGGGCAUGGUUUUAUUUUAUUUUAUAUUUAGCAGGGCGUUUAGUUAUUCGUGGGAGUUUUGUGCUAUUGUUCAAGCGGGAUACAUUGCAUGUUGAAGGUACUCGAUGCAUGAGAUGGAAAUACACAUACAGAUGUCUACUUAGUUUUGGUUCAAUACAUGAACAUUGGAAGCAAUUACUGUUGGCC